AUGCCGGUUGCCAAUGGCGCAUCCAGAACGCGUCAGAAUUUCCAGGUUAUAGCCAUCUACGCUAUAUACACGAAGCGCUGUACAAUUGCUCUUGACCUCGUUUUGGGCAUAAAUAGACCUUGUGCACCUUUGGUGGUUGUUUUGACAACUUCAACCUGCUUCGUAAGCGUCACGCGACCUAACCAUUUGCCAAUCAUUUUUUCACACAAACAAACAUUUAUUUGUUUAACAGAGCACAUAGUCUCCAAAAUAGCCCGAGCCCAACUACAUGAUAACACGAAGAUCACAGCAAUUCCGCGUACAGGCCAUCGCCGAUAUUGA